UCUACUAUUUAUUGAUUUUACAUUGUUCACUGAUUAAAUAGAAAAAUAAUUAUAGCACUUAGAUCGUUUAGUAAAUGGAAACUUUAGUCCAUAAUAAACAUUUAAUUAAGAAUUUUCCUAAAUAAUUAUAAUCUAGUUAUCACUAGAUAACGUACAAUGUCGAUGGAUGAUGAUGAUGAUGAUGAUUCAUUUUUUUAAGUCAUUUCUAAAAACUAGGCUAUUAUUAUUAUUAUUAUUAUUAUUAUUAUUAUUAUUAUUAUUAUUAUUAUUAUUGUUGUUGUUGUUGAGGUUUUUUUGUUUGUUUUUUUAAUUGAAGAUAAAUUAAUGUCGUAAAAUGUUCUGGACGAGUGCACGACCCAUCAUUACAAUGCAUUAAAUGUCAAACUUUUCCCCCACAGGGUUCAGUAGGAAGCCUGAAUCUGCAUCUCAUCUCGCCAUCAUCUCGUGUGCCUUAUGUCUGCUGCGGUGAUGGCCACCUCCGGUUCUUGCAUGAACCUGCUAAGGAGAAACCCCACCUUCCAGCCUCUUCAUCCUCUCCAUUCUGCUCUUCACCCUCCUCUCCAUCCUCCUCUUCACCCUCUCGGGUCAGACACACAUUCUUUCCUGAGCCAGCAGUCUUCCAUCCUCCAUGAGCAAAUUUUCAACCUUCCGUAUUUCAACAUAAUCCAACCGAAUCUCACACACAGACCUCAGCACACACCGGGCUCUCUGUCAGGCUUCUGCAGCCCUGCCUCAUCCUCCUCUUCCUCUCCAAACAAAGACGCCUUCAUGCACCCUCAGAUGAUAGAGGAAUCGAAGCGCACUUUUAGUUUCACCCAGGAGGAUUUGUUCACUGUGCUCUAUGGAUACAGUAAAGACCAGCAGCAGGGGGUCGGACACGCCAUCUCAGGACUACUGCUACCUAAUGAUCCAGACCUGCUGCCAGCCAACAUCGACACAGAAAGCCUCGAUCUGCCUCAAGGUCUGUGUGUGCUCCGGUGCUCGUGCGCCGGUGUUCCCCACUGCGGGGUUUUUGCCGCGCGCAACUCCAUACCCAAAGGCACGCGCUUCGGGCCGUACCUCGGGAAAGCGGUGAACACAAGCGAGAUCAAAACACACCACGACAACACACUUAUGUGGGAGAUCUUUGAGAAGGGCCGAUUGAGUCACUUUGUGGACGGCGGCGCGCGCGGCAGUUGGAUGUCGCUGGUGCAGUGCGCGCGCUUCCCGGAGGAGCAGAACGUGGUGGCGGUGCAACGCGCGGGCCGUAUUUACUACGAGACGUGCCGAGAGGUGCGCCCCCUGCAGGAGCUGCUGGUGUGGUACGGAGACACCUACACCCUGUACAUGGGCAUCCCCAUGUGCCUCAGAGAAGAGGGGGAAGAAGAGGAAGAACAGGACGGAGAAGACUCGGCUGAGGGCUAUAAAUGUGAUCGAUGCGGAAAGGUCUUCGCUUACCGAUACUACAGAGAUAAACACCUGAAGUACACGCGCUGUGUGGAUCAGGGAGACCGGAAGUUCCCUUGUCAUCUCUGUAACAGAUCGUUCGAGAAGAGAGACCGACUGCGCAUCCACAUCCUGCACGUGCACGAGAAACACCGACCGCAUAAGUGCUCUGUGUGCGGCAAAAGUUUCUCCCAGUCCUCGAGCCUCAACAAGCACAUGCGCGUGCACUCCGGAGAGCGACCUUACAAAUGUGUCUACUGCAACAAGGCGUUCACUGCCUCCAGCAUCCUCCGCACACACAUCAGGCAGCACUCAGGUGAAAGGCCAUUUAAGUGCAAACACUGUGGGAAAGCCUUCGCCUCUCAUGCGGCCCAUGACAGCCACGUACGCCGAAGCCACGCCAAAGACAAACCGGUGGCGUGUGAUCUCUGCGGCAGCACGUUUGAUCAAGCAGAGGAGCUUAAAGUGCACAUGAAGAUCCACAAGAAGCGCCCGCUCAUGCAAUCCCCGGCUCGUCCUUCCUCUCCUGGAAAACACCCGGAAGAUCAGAACGGCCCUUUAAACCCUGAAUGUGCCGGAGUGCAGCGGGACAUCACCACAAGUUUCCCGCCUUUUCCAGGAAUCGUCUCCAGUUACAGACCAUGGAAUUAACUUACAAACCAUUGUGACUCCAUCCUAAACUGCGCACUAACAUAUUACACAGCAUGGCUGUGAUCCAGUUCAAGACACAGGUCU